GUGCUGACUGCGAUAGCGGUGAAGCAUACAUAAAUGACGCGAUUUGCGUGUUCCUACAUGUCCGUAUCGAGGCCGUGCAGUGAAGGGUCUUGGAUGCCUUCAUCACGAACAGCAUCCACACUUCACUGCGGCAAACGGUAAAUCCAGCAAACUGUGCCUGAAACCAAACCUUCUCCGAAACAGGCAGCGAGUGUUAUAAGCCACAAUCUCCGCAACUCGCACAUAAGACUUCCCACCGAAGAUCAACUCCUCAACUUGCACACACAACGUUCUUACACUAUCACCAACCGUCUACCAUCGAUACCGACAAACCCCCCCACUCUCAAACACCGUCACCAUGUCCGCCACGGAAGCUGAGCAGCAAGUCAAGCUGGUCAGCUCUGACAAUGUCGAGAUCAUCACCGAGCGCAAGGUCGCCGAGCGUUCCAUGCUCAUCAAAAACAUGAUCGAGGACCUGGGUGCGCCCGGCGAGGAGCCAAUCCCCAUUAUGAACGUCUCCGAAGCCGUCCUCCGCAAAGUCCUCGAAUGGUGCUCCCACCACAAGAACGACCCGGCGCCUACCCAGGACGACGACGCCGACUCCCGCAAGAAGACCACAGACAUCGAGGACUGGGACCAGAAGUUCAUGCAAGUCGAUCAGGAAAUGCUAUUCGAGAUCAUCCUUGCGGCAAACUACAUGGACAUCAAGGCUCUGCUUGAUGUGGGGUGCAAGACGGUCGCGAACAUGAUCAAGGGCAAGUCGCCGGAGGAGAUCCGGAAGACGUUCAAUAUCCAGAACGACUUCACGCCGGAGGAGGAGGAGCAGAUCCGUCGCGAGAACGAGUGGGCUGAGGAUCGUUAGGCGGUGAUCUUCGCUUCGUACGGAGUGCUAUGCUAUCUUGCGGACGAAUGCGGAGGUAGCUCAGGUGCAUGGCGGCGUUAGGGCGAAGGGGCUGAUUGCUUAUGACUUCUUACGAUCGAUCAUGCGAUAUGCGACGUGGCGGCCAUCUUCGGUGCCAUUGCACGCGAGCCUUCAGAUGGCAUGCUU